CGCAGAUGAGCCCGUCGCCGUACUGGUACGUCAACAGCUUAGCGGCGUACAUCGCGCGACUCGUUCAACGGGCACUUCCACACGCCGUCGUCGUCGUCCUCGCUGAUUGGGCUUAACGGACAGCCGGUGACACCACUCGGCGGAGCACCGCCCGGAGCCUUCAUGCGGCCGCGAGUCCGACGCGGAUCUGGCGCUGGCGAUGAACAACGCGUUUGCCAACGGCGACGUGUUUGGGAACCACCGUCCUGCUUGCAGAUGCAGCCGGGGCGCCUCCAUCGCCACUCUCGCAGAUGACAAUGAUGGGAGCGAACUACCAGCACAACCAGAUGCUUGGGCUUGUGAGCGAGGCGAAGAAUGGCAGCAGCAAGCUGAAGACCAGCAGCGGCGCCUAGCGACGAUUUCCGGAUGGGCAGCGAGACGACAGCUCGCAGCAACGCCAGUGAGUCUGGUGGCGGAAAUAACGACGCGGAGGUGUCGAUGGCUGACGCGACAUCAGCGUCGGGCAGCAACAGCUCAGGCACCAGCUGGGGCCCCACUGGGGUCGUCGACAGGGCUGGCCAUCGAUAUGAACAUGGCGAACGACGAUAUGGUGAUGGCGCUGUUCAAUGCCAUGAGCAAUGCGAGCGCGGCAGCACAGCAGGGAGCCACGACGAGCCAGCCAUUGCAGCAGCAACGGCAGCAGGGCGCAGCUGGGUUUGGGGCGUCUCUGGGACUCGAUCCGCACGCGCUAGAGUUGCUGCAGCAAGGAGCAGGCAGCAGCCUGGGUCCCACGGCGGAGGCCGGUGAGGCGCAGGCGAUGGACUGGUGCUUUGACUGGAGCAAUCCCGUCGCAGUCGCAGCAGCAGCAGAAUAUAUCGUCGGCGUUCAUGACACCUGGCGGCACCCACGAGUCGGAUACCAGCAUGGACUGGACAGCAACAAGCAGCAGCGGCGAUGGUACAGAUGGAGGCGACGGUACCAGCAGCAAAAGUGUCGACAGGAUCAGCACGCCCGCAGCAGCAAGCAUGGUUGGUCUGAGUGACCCCAUGGCAGCAGCUUCGAGCGGUGUGCUGGUGGGAACGGCAGUGUCUGACUCGCAGCAGAGCUGAGGCUUUACUCCCAGCACCCUUGAUACACAAGGGCCUCCUUGGCAUGGCAGGCAGCCGCAGCAAUAAAAAAGUACAGCAGUAUUUCUUCAACUUCUCCUUCGCAAUGCUCUCCCCCUCCCCUCUUCAUUAACAUUCCGCACAUAACCACCACUGACUACCUUAUCCUAACACUAUCGAGAGCAGUACUAAUGUUAACAUCAUUUCCACUCCUCCUUUUCCACCCUUCGUUC